UUAUCCCUCAUUAAUCACACUGAAUAUAAAGAAAAUCUCUUCCUGUUUGCUCAGAGACUGGAUAUUUCAGCUGCACAGUGAAUUAUUUAACUUGAGAAAGCCUCUGAAGUACGUAGCGUCCAGAAACGAGAAAUUCCAGUCUUGUUGCACUUAGAAAACCCAGUUUAGCUCUUAAAGGAUGUGAAAUCAUAAUUAUAUGAGCUGCAAAAGGGAUUAUUUUUCAUCUUUUUGUCUGAGAUGGCUUCAAGAAGCAGAAUACGAACAAACUUGAUCUGAUUUUAUCACAUUUUGAGCAGCUGAUUUGAUAAAAUAUUUUAGUUUUCCUUCUGAUAACUGACUUUAAAUGAUAGUUAAUCUACAUGCUGUUCUCUCUGUAAACCAUCCUACAGACUCCUGUUACGUUUUCCCUCCACUGAUUGCAUGUUUCCAGCGUUCCCUCUGACAUUACUGUAAGCCUGGGCCGGUUUCGCUGCCUCUGAAGAGGCCCGGCUCGCUGCAGAAGCUAAAUUACAUGUAUGGGUGAGAGCAGGGCAGGACGGGCUGGGUGUGGUGUGGUCGCUGCAGCUAUUAAUAACCAUCGCUGGUGUGGCUCCAGAUCCUGAUGCCACAGUUUUAGUCCACUAAUCAGUGAUGAGGAACCGUUUGGGGCCACCUACCAGAAGCUUUGUCUUUUCUUCAUCCAGUGCUCUAAUACACACUGUACAUGUGCUGUACUACAUAAAGUACACUCUUAGAUACAAAAAAGACUAAUUUUUGCAGCUAAAAGUGACAGUAAAAAUGACUGUAGAUUAAAGACUCCUGGAUCUGGAAGGUCCAGUCUCUGGUGGAUCAAGUCUCCUGGAUAGAACUACAGCAUGAAGACCAAAGAACACUCCAAGAAACUCUGAGAAAAGCUUGUUGAGAAGCAUCAGUCAGGACGAUACAAGAACAUUUAAAGUUCCUGAAGAUCUCCUGGAGUCCAGUUAAAUCCAUCAAUAAGAAAUGGAAGGAAGAUGGAACAUGAAUAAAUCUGACUAGAGCAGGACGUCCUCAAGACCUGAGAGACCAAGACGAAAGAGACUAGAGAGGGAGGCCAGCAAGACUCCUAUGACUCCUCUGAAGGAGUUCCAGGAGCUUCAGACUGUUCAUCCAACAACUGCUGUCUGUUCUUCACCAGUCAAAGUUUUAUGGAGACAAAGAGAAAGACUCUGUUGGAAAAAGCUCCAAUUAAAUCUGGACUAGAGUUCACCAGAAGACAUGUGGAGACUCUGAAGACACCUGGAAGAAGGUUAUUUGGUCUGAGGAGACCAGGAUGGAGCUUUAUGUCCAUCAGAAUAGAGGAUAUGUUUGACACCAAGCUCUGCACAUCAUCAUGAAGACACCAUCUCCACUGUGAAGCACGGUAGUGGCAGCAUUAUAAUGAGAAGCACGGUGGUGGCAGCAUUAUAAUGAGAAGCACGGUGGUGGCAGCAUCAUGGCGUGAAGCACAGACUCAGUACUGUACUUGAAGCUAGAGGUGUAUCUACUGAACAGAAGCUGACUUGAAGGGGGUGAAUACUAAUGAAACCACUUAUUUAACAUGUUUUAUUUUUAAUUAAUUGGCAUUUUUUUGUAGAAAUCUGUCUUUUUUGGGUAAAUUCUUGUCAAAAAAACCCAAAUUAUGUUGCUCAUAAUUCAAUGUGGUCAACAAAUAAAAGAGGAAACCUUCCUAGGAGGGCUUAACACCUUUAACCAUAACUUCUGGUCAAAUGCUGAAUGUUCUCACCACCACCAGUUGCUCCUCCUUCCUCCUAAGGAAGUCGCCGCCUCCUCCUCCUCCUCACAUCAAUCCCUCCUCCAUCCAUUCCUCCACUCUGCCGUCGGACCUCCUUCACCCCGUCGCUGCCUCUCUGCUCUGCUGAAGGAAGGAUGCCGUCCUGCAGACUCCUGGUUCUGCUGGGACUCCUCAUGUUCUGCAAAGGUCAGGAGGAAACCAGUUCGGACGAAUCCUGCGACAACUUUACCGACCUGAACCUGUCCCACUGCUUCAUGGGAACCAGCCUCUACGUCCGGCUGCUGCUCUACACCCGGUCCAACCUGGACUGCGGCCGUGAGAUCAACCACCACCGCCUGGCCUCCCAGCCGCUCCUCAACCUCUCUCGGCCCACCGCCUUCGUCAUCCACGGCUACCGGCCCACCGGAGCGCCGCCCAUCUGGAUCAACCACAUCGUCCACCUGCUGGCCGAGCAGGAGGACCUGAACGUCAUCGUGGUGGACUGGAACAAAGGGGCGGCCAACCUCAACUACUUCACCGCCGUCACCUACACCAGGGAGGCGGCCUCCAACCUGACCGGCUUCAUCAUGAGGAUGGAGGAGGAAGGAGCGUCUCUGAGCUCGAUCCACCUCAUUGGAGUCAGUCUGGGAGCUCACCUGGCUGGCUUCAUCGGAGCAAACCUGAAGGGGAAGAUCGGCCGCAUCACAGGUCUGGACCCGGCCGGACCGAUGUUCACCAGCGCCACGCCGGAGGAGAGGCUGGACCCGACGGACGCCAUGUUUGUGGACGUUCUUCACACCGACAUGGACUCGUUCGGCCUGAGAGGAGCUCACGGUCACAUCGAUUUCUACGCCAACGGAGGAGCCGACCAGCCAGGAUGCCCCAAAACCAUCUUUGCAGGUAAAUCCUACUUCGUGUGCGACCACCAGCGCUCCGUCUUCCUCUACCUCUGCUCCCUGAACCGGACCUGCAGCCUCACCGGGUACCCCUGCUCCUCCUACGGAGACUUCCUGGAGGGUCGAUGUCUGCAGUGUGAGGCCUUCAGACCGGCGUCCUGCCCGCUGCUCGGUUACGACCUCGGCCCGUGGAGGGAAACUCUGCUGCGACUCGGACAGACCAAAGUCUUCUUCAGCACCACGGCGACGCUGCCCUACAGGAAGAUGAGCUACAGAGUGGACAUGGUGACGUGGAACCAGUACCUCCGUUGGGGCGUCGUCUACAUCCGGCUGCACAGCGGAAGGAACUUCACCGAGGCCCGAAUAGACCAUCAGCUCCUGCGGUUCGAGCAGUACACCUCCACCAGGCUGCUGGCCCAGUUCGAUGAAGAACUGCAGCACGUCCACAAGAUCUCCAUGCGCAUCAGCACCGGAAACGUCAUUGGACCUCGAUACAAGAUCAGGCUGCUGAGGAUUCGCUUCACGCCGCUGGAACGCCCACUGAGGCCUCUGAUGUGUCGCUUUGACAUCAUCAUGGAGGAGAACAUUGAGGUGGCGUUCCGUCCUCUGCCCUGUAACUCCAGACUCUGACGCCCUCAGCUCUUCUUUUCCUUCUUCUGUGGAAACUCGUGGGACUGGCCCUCCCAGACGUCCUCUUGGUGCUGCAGGGUUCCACCAGGGGGAGCUCCAGCUGAAGAACCGACGGCCUCCAAUCCCUGCCGGCCGACGGAGGAGGCGAGGCGGAUUAAUUCUGGUCUGGAGCCGAACCAGGAAUUAGAAAGCUGAUAAGAGCGACUGGUUAAGAGAUUAUGGAGACACUUACAUCACGCUGACAUCAGGGGGCUCAGUUCACCUGGAAGUGGACACAAACUGCAACAAAAACACAGCAUUUUCCUCACAUUUGUGGUUUUAAAUGCCUCAUUUCAAGAAUGCAGUUUCAUUGUAACAGCACUUAGAUGCACAAAACUGAUCAGAAUCCAACAGCAUUUCAUCAAAACUCUUUCACAUGUUAAAGAUGAAGCUUUCCUUUCAAGGUCUGAGCAGAUUUUAUGCAAAAUAAAUCACUAAAUGUCUCAAAUGAUCCAGUCACACAGCUGAAAACAGGCUCAUGAACAAUGACGAUGUGCAGAUUCAACCAAAACACAACAAAAACAUUCAGGUUUUAGAUGCAUUACAGCUGCAUGAACAGCAUAUACAAUUUCUAAACACUUUAUUAGAUUUUUUAACACCAAAAACGCAUGCAGCUGUGAUUUAAUCAAACUCAAAAAUCUUGAUUUUCUGCCCAGAGGCUUAAAAAUAACAAUCAAAAUGCUGCAUUAAAUUCGGAUAUAAGCACGAAGUGGUCAAAGAAAUCCAAUAAAUGCAGCUGGAUUUUAGUGAAAAGUUUAAAAAAUGCCCAGAAAACUUUAGUUUAUUACACUGGAACAACUGUUAAAACCUUAAAACUGUUUAUUUAAAGCACAAUUUAAUGCAAUUCCGUACAGAAAUGGACAGAAACGUUACAGAAUCUAUAGUGAGCCACGUUUUUAGAUAAAAAUCGGAAAGAUAAACUUCAUUUAAUCAGAUAAUAUGGUAUUUAUAUACUAGACAAUGGCUUUAUUUUGAUUUCCAAUGUCUAAAAACAUUUGCGCGAUGACUUCACAGAAAUUAAAGUUGUGAAAAAUCUUGA